AUGUCAAAAUAAUAGCAAUAACAACUCUCAUAUAUAUGCAAAGACUAACAAAACCAAAAAGGCCAAGGACAAUCUUAUAGAAGAGUAAAUAUGAAUGAUCUUAUUAAUAGAUGAAUAACAAUCAAAACAAUUUUGAUGAUAAAAAUGUUUAAAAUCAAAAAAAAUAAAAUAAAUACAACAGAAGAAAUAAUUCUUAAGAAAAAUAAUAGAAUUCCCAUAAUCAGCCAUCCUAACCUGUUUUAGGUAUUUGUACAAUCAAUAUUUAUCAGCACGAGCUCAAAUUAAUCAACCAUAAAAUAAAAUUUAUGAUUCUUAAACAUUAAUUUCGGCAUAUCACGAAUUAUUAUAACCACCCAAAGAAUUAGAAGAAUUCAUAGACAAAAUACCUCAUCUUUUUACCAAAAUUUCGUAAAAACCUCUAAUUUCAUCCUCAACCUAAUUCACCCAUAAUGAUGAAGAUGACCCACAGUGGAUGCACUCCAAUGAGAAUUUUCAGAUCAUUGAUAUCGAAAAUGAAAUCGAAAAAAAGAGAAUAGAAUAUUAAAAAUAACAUGGAACAUUUGAAAAAAAACAAGAAGAAAAAUCUAAAAAGUAAAAUGAAAUCAAUUAAGAAGAAAUAUCAGAGCUUUAAUAAGCGAAAGAAAAAUAUAGAUAAUUGAGAGAAUAAGAAGAAAAGCAAUUAUAGGUUGCCAAUGAAACCAAAGCUAAAUUAUAGGAAUUAUUUAGUUUUUCAGAACAAGAAUAGCCAAAGUUAAAUAAUUCAAUCAACACAAAAAUCCUAUCAGUUGAAGAAGUUGAAAAAUAAGCAUUGGCAUCUUCAAAUAAUAAAUAGAAAGAUCCCAUCAAGGUUGAGUAACCUCAAUAAAAAAUAGAGGAUUAUUUUAGUAAUUUCAAUAACAAUUAAACUGAUGAUUUCUUAGAGUAAUUAGAAGAGAUGGGAAUUCAUAUUCAACGGAAAUCACAAGUACCUUCAUAACCUACAAUUAAAAUUUCAAGGGAAAAAAUUAAAACCGCUCCAUUUUCGCUUUAAGCCUAACUGCAUUCACGAUCCCCAAAAGAAUCUCUGUGGUACUAUAUUGAUAAUUCUGGAAAGGUAAAAUAUUUGUAAUGUCAUAUUUUAGAUUUAAGGAGGAUUUACAACAGAAAAUAUGGAUCAAUGGUUUGAGCAUUAAUAUUUAAAAGCAAAGUUAAAUAUCUCUUGGGAAGGACCUGGAAAAUGGGUUACAUUAGAAUAAUAUUUGAUUAAUUUAGAUCAAAUUGAAAAAAAACUAUUGGAUCCAAAAUGUGCUAUGGAUCCGUUAACCCUCAAAACUAAUAUUAAUAAUGUGUAAUUAAAUAAUCUCUAGUAAUUGUAAUAAAUGAAUGCAUUUAAUGUGAAUAGUUUUCAAAAUUAAUAAAUGAAUACUUAUCAAUAUUAAUAGAUCAACAAUAAUUAAUAUUAAAAGUAUCAAAAUUAAUAAAUGAACAAUUAACAAAACAAUGUAAAUAGAAAAAAAAAUAAUAAUUCAAACAAUAACAAGAAUGGAAAAGUGCAGCAACAAUAUAAUAAAUAUGAAUAUCAACAAAAUAAUUAAUCAUUAUAUUGA